AAUUAAUAUAAUAUAAUUAUUAUGUAAUAUUUAUAUCCGUACAUGAUCAUGGAAAAAUCAACUAGUGUUAAAUAUUUGUCAAUUAAGAUUCAAGAAAAAAUCAUCAAUUAAAUUAAAAAGAUAUAGUGAUAAUAUGAUAUCUCAAAGAUUUAUAUUUUCAGUUAAAGCAUUUUAAGAAUAUGUCUAUAUUUUGAUCGAAUGCAUUUAAAUAAUUAAUGCUUUGAAAUAUACGCACAUAAUAAUGAAAACGCUUGGUUGUAAAAUUAAAAAAAAAACACAAAUGAAGGGUUGAUGGUAGAAAAACAAUAGUCCUCGAAGGAGGAAACAGACACACAUACACACGUGGCAUAGGAUAAGUGGAGGUUAAAAAGAAAACCAUGAAAACCGCUGGUGUCUGAAAGAGAAGCCGCUAAAGCCAUUUCAGGCUUUGACUGUUCACAACAAAGCGCCCCAAAAGGAGCGUCGCUUUUACUCUCUCCUCAUCUAUAUAUAUAAACAACACACCUUCCUCCUCCUUCCACCUUCAAUUAUCACACCGUCCCCUCUCUCCCUCUCCGAUUAUUACGUUAUGGCCAAGAUGGGUUUGAAACCCGACCCGGUUACUCCUAACCCGACCCACAAUAAUGCCAAGGAGAUUCGUUACAGAGGCGUGAGGAAGCGUCCUUGGGGCCGUUACGCCGCCGAGAUCCGAGAUCCGGGUAAGAAAACCCGCGUCUGGCUUGGCACCUUCGAUACCGCAGAGGAGGCGGCGCGUGCUUACGAUAAGGCGGCGCGUGAUUUCCGUGGCGCUAAGGCGAAGACGAAUUUUCUUGAGCUGAAUGAGAAGGUGCUCUCCGGUGGAGGCGGUUUCGCGCGGAGCCCUAGCCAGAGCAGCACCCUUGACUACGCUUCUCCUCCGGCGGUGACUGAUGGGAUUGUUCCACCUCAACUUGAGCUAAGUCUUGGCGGCGGCGGUGGCGCGUGUUACCAGAUCCCAAUGGCGCGUCCUCUCUACUUUUUGGACCUUAUGGGGGUCGGAAACGGACAGGGUCGUGGUCAGCUUCCGGUGAUGCAUGUCUCUAAGAAGAUGGCUUGUGGAGCCCAGAGCGACUCUGAUUCUUCAUCGGUCGUUGAUUUCGAAGGUGGGAUGGAGAAGAGAUCUCAGCCGUUAGAUUUAGAUCUAAACUUGCUUCCUCCGGUGGAACAGGCCUGAGGUGUUGCCGGUUUCGCGCAUGCGUUUUUUGCUUUGCAGCUGAGAGAAUAAUUUCACGUAGUUUUUUUCUCCAUCACUCUAAAAUAAUUAUUAUCGGUUUUUAGAAAUUAUAUAAAUCGAGGGAGAAAAAGUAUAAUUCUUAGAUGACAUGUAUCGUUAUGUACAUAACCGGAGAUCUCAACUUUUGUUGUGUGCUUUUUUGCGACUUGGUUUUCACCAUGUUGUUUCUAUGCAUCUUUUCCUUCUGUAAUUUGUUUUUCCAAAUUUUCAACUAUUAAUUUGGUAAUCUUCAUAAUGUUC